GUAUCUUCAAGGAUCGUCGUUCUCUCUUUCCGGGACAACAAUGACAGUAUAACACAAAAAACAGAGCCUAUUAAUAACAACAACAUAACAAUGGGAGCAAAGGCCCUUAAUGUUAAAAGUGAGAAAGAGAACAUACCUCUGCUGGUAAAAGAAAACUACUCACAACUUGAUAAACAAGUUCCAGGCAAUGUGGAGAACCUUAAGAGCAUCUGGCACAAUGAAACAGAAAAAGGAAUAUACUCAACAGAGGCAACAAUGCCAGAAAACUCAAAAGAGCAGAAAAAUACUACUAGUUCGAAUAAUUCACCGGAAGCUAAGACUACGGCAAAGAAAGAUGAUAACUCAAACUCAACAAACUUGGAAAAUAAUUCAAAACAAGGAGGAAUAUUUCCACCAAAAAUGACAAUGCUGUUAUUUUCGAUAUAUGUACAAAACCUGGAAAACAUCCCAAUCAAUGAAAUAAUCUCUACAAUGUAUGAAAAGAUUGGCAAUGAUUUUGUGACGGCUAAGCCCUACUAUACUAAGGGAAGGAGAACCUACUUUGAGGUAAUUUUCGAUAAUGAAGAAAGACAGAAUUACUAUGCUGCAGAGGGGAUAACACUGUUUAGGCAAACUAUACUUGGAUAUAUUUCGGUCAAUUUGAGAAGAACAAAUUUAACAGUUAAGUUGAGAAAUAUUCCAAUGGGAAAAAAAGAGAUAAUCUCCAACUACAUCAGAGAGAUCAUUGUAUAUAAAACAACAAAUGACUCAGAAAUCAAACAAAGAAUUCCAAGACAUACUAGUGUCUGGGGGCAAAAAUUCUUGACAGAGUGGAAAACUGUAUCUAAAAUAAUUAACAACACUCCAAGUAGUAUACCAUUAAGUAUUAAUAACCCCUAUAUCGAAGUUAGUAACAAUACAAUGCAAGAAGAUAAUAUAAAUGAAAAGGAACUGACUGACUUAAGCAUGAGUGAAGACGAAAAUCUAGUCAAUAUGUUAGAAAAGGAAAAUAAUACUGACUUAGAGGUUAAAGAUUCUCAUAAGAACACUCAGAAAAAUAAUCCUAACACACUAACAUUGCACCCAGAAAAUAACAUUGUAAAUAUUCAAGGAGAAUAUAAAGAUAAAAAAAUGACAAAUAAGAGAGAAUUAGACAUUAUUGAUAAAACUAUUCUCGAUUCAAACAAGAAUGAUGAUAGUUUCACAACAGUUUUAUACAAAAAACAUAAGAUUAAAACCAAUGAUACUUAUACACGUCAGACUACCUCAUAUAAAAGGGACAGAAAAAGAGAAAAACACAUCUCUCAUACAAAAUCACAACAAUGA